UGCCAGUUAAACGUGUUGUUAUACUAUUAUAAGUUCACAGUUUUAUAGUAAUAAGAACACCAUAUUAACGGGUACGUGUUUAUCUUAUAUGCUGUUGUCACAAGUCAUGAGGUAGCAGAUUUGGGCCAUCAUAGAAGAAGGUUAGUUCGCGGCGGGCUAGCCAAAAUAUCAUUAAUGUAAGCUAGCUAGCAUAUCAACAUUUCGGAAGCAAAAGCCACUCACGUAUUAUCUUGUACCACUGGGACUAACGCUACAGCGCGGAUAAAUCACUGUUGCUAAGCUUGGACAGAAUUGAAUCAACAGUACAUUCCCCUUGACACUUCUACCGGAAAAGGCAUAGAGGAUACAACUAGAAAGUCUCUCUAAGGUUGAAACCAAAGAGCAAGAUGUCAAUCACGAACACUCCCACAAGUAAUGAUGCCUGUUUGAGCAUUGUGCAUAGCCUGAUGUGCCACCGUCAGGGAGGGGAGAGUGAAAGCUUUGCUAAGCGAGCUAUAGAGAGUCUUGUCAAGAAGCUGAAGGAGAAAAAAGAUGAGCUGGAUUCCCUUAUCACAGCGAUCACUACAAAUGGAGCUCAUCCUAGCAAGUGUGUAACCAUACAGAGAACUCUGGAUGGACGCCUACAGGUCGCAGGGCGUAAAGGUUUCCCCCAUGUGGUCUAUGCCCGACUAUGGCGAUGGCCUGAUCUACACAAGAAUGAAUUAAAACAUGUGAAAUAUUGCCAGUAUGCCUUUGACUUGAAAUGUGACAAUGUUUGUGUCAACCCAUACCACUACGAGAGGGUCGUAUCUCCAGGCAUAGACCUAUCAGGGCUGACCCUUUCAAAUUCAGGUUCCCUCUUGGUAAAGGAUGAGUAUGACUAUGACAAUCAUCAAUCUCUCUCAAGCGCCGAAAGCCACCUGCAGACUAUCCAGCAUCCCCCGUCAAGACCGUGUCCACAGGAGAUCUUCAGCAGCCCCGCUCUACUCUCCCCAUCAGAGGGCAGCAGUUCAGCUUUAAUCUCUGCUUUUGCUACGAUCAGUGGUGGACCCUCAAAUCCUACCCCCAAUUGGAACAGAAGCAGCAGCUUCACCCCUGCAGUGCCUCAACAUCAGAAUGGGCAUCUACAGCAUCAUCCACCAAUGCCUCACACAGGGCAUUACUGGCCUGUUACCAAUGAAAUUGCGUUCCAGCCCCCCAUAUCAAAUCACCCUUCUCCAGAAUACUGGUGCUCCAUUGCGUACUUUGAGAUGGAUGUCCAUGUUGGGGAGACAUUUAAGGUGCCAUCCACAUGUCCGAUAAUGACUGUGGAUGGCUACGUUGAUCCAUCAGGAGGGGACCGCUUUUGCUUGGGCCAACUGAGCAAUGUCCACAGGACAGAAAACAUAGAGAGAGCCAGGCUUCACAUUGGCAAAGGCAUGCAGCUGGAGAGUAAAGGAGAAGGAGAUGUCUGGGUGCGCUGUUUGAGCGAUCAUGCCGUGUUUGUGCAGAGCUAUUACCUGGAUCGAGAGGCUGGACGUGCUCCUGGAGAUGCAGUUCACAAGAUCUACCCCAGCGCUUACAUUAAGGUGUUUGAUUUGCGUCAGUGCCACAGGCAGAUGCAGCAGCAGGCAGCGACAGCUCAGGCAGCAACUGCAGCUCAGGCAGCAGCCGUGUCUGGAAACAUUCCCGGGCCUGGCUCUGUGGGAGGCAUCGCCCCUGCAAUCAGUCUGUCUGCUGCUGCUGGCAUUGGGGUUGAUGACCUGCGCAGGCUGUGCAUCCUGCGGAUGAGCUUUGUGAAGGGCUGGGGGCCCGACUACCCACGGCAAAGCAUUAAAGAGACACCCUGCUGGAUCGAGAUCCAUUUACACCGAGCUCUACAGCUACUGGAUGAAGUUCUGCACACCAUGCCCAUAGCUGACCCUCAACCCCUUGACUGAGUUAAAAGACAUGAACUGUACAAGAAAAAGAAUCAGACUGUACUUUUUAACGAAGGACUACAACCACAGGGUGGUAGGUUGUAGGAGUAGGAACAAGGACAUAAAGGCCGGCAGUUUACUCCAAACACACUACUUUCAAAUUCAGCGCUGCGAGCAGUGAGACUCCAGGUCUGUAAGUGUCAGUAACUUCCAAACAGCUGCAGGAACAUGUGAGGAAACAUGCUGCCAACAGGAUGCAAAGGGAAGCCAGUAUAUAGAUUUUUCAUAACAGCAUGAAGUGAACAAGACUGUGUGUCUCUCAAAUCUCAAGUUCCAAUAAAAAUACUCGCACACUGAUUUGAACUAAAGAACGUGUCCACAGCGAGAUUAAAAGAUGCAAAAAGCAAUUAUUUAAUUUGCCUCGGUGCGACACAAAAUAAAUGCAUAACCACAAAGAGAUUCCCCCCCCCCCCCCCCCCCACACCGUAUCCUUUUCUUGGAUUAUCAAGCAAGCGGGCAAACUAUUUAGCCAGUGAAGCGGAGAACAAUGCGAUGCUCUGUAUUGGAUGAAAACCUGUUAUUUACCAUGUCUGAACAAACUAAAUGUAAUUUCAGUUGCAGUAUACUGCCGAUCCAGUCCUCCUUCAUUGGUCUCCGAUGCUUACAUGGCUCAGUGUAAGUGGAGUCUUUCACCUCACAAACCGGGACAUCUAUACAAACAAAAUCAUGUUAAUCAUCACUUAUGUUCUUGUAAGAUAUAAUCUUAAAAAAUAUUCAAUUCUGAUGCUUCUUGUAAGAUGCUUUUUGAUGUAUGUUCCCUUUUGAAUAGUUUUUACUGGAGGUAAAGACCAUUUGAAAAGCCAAUUAAAACAUCCAUUAUUCUACCAACAGCCAAGGCUGUUGUGACGUUGAGAGUACAUUGAAUCAAAUCACAUGGAAAUGAUUGAUUAUAUUCAAAAGAAAAGAUAUACCACAUUGAAAUACUAUUUAUAAGUGUAAUUAUGUUAAAUGCCCACAUAGUGUCCAUUAGCACUUUAUUCAUUUGCUUAAGUAUUUUUUUCUCAUGUGCGGUUACUCUUUGUAUCCAUAUAAUUACUCAAGAGGUGAAAAGUCUUUGUGACGAGAUCCAUAAAAAUUGCCUCCAAUCUUUGACACUCGAGAUGCAUUUUGGGUAGAACGUCCCUUUAAAAAGACUCACCGCCACACAUUUUAAUUGAGUAUUUCUUGGAUGACACGUACCCUAAACAUAUUCUAGACAACAGCUGAGUAAAGUAGGGUAAGAAUGAACUGUUGAGGAAGCGUAAGCCAUAUUGAUGCCAAAUAUAGCAUAUAAGUGAAAAGGUUAUCAGACUGCAGUUCUGCCACUUGUUAAAGUUUUGCUUAUCAACUGAAUGCUUUCAGUUUUUGCUCAGUACAAUAUUUUGGUAUUUGGGGCUUUGUUUACCUACAGCUGUUGCAGUAUUUUAUACUAUUUUGCUAUCUUUUACAGUGAUGAACCACAAAAAGAAAAAAAAAAGCUGUACAAUUUUCAGGAAAUGUAACUUCUUGCUUCUUUAUCUUUAACAAUUGUGUCUACAUUCUGAAUACUUUGGUGUUUAAAUGUAAGAGUAUGGUUGAAUAAAAUUCAAUGGGCUAACACUA